ACUUAACUGACUGGUAGUGUUGCGGAAAAACGAGAGUCAAAAGAGUGUUGAAAGAGUGGUCUAAUUGUGACUUUUUCACAGUUUCAGUAUUAUAACGUGUACAAUUUUCCUACAGUCAUAUCUUCAGUUAAAAUAUGUUAGUUGGUGUUGGUGUUAUGAAUGUUUUAUAUUCUGCCAAGUGUUAUUCCUAAAUGAACGUUAUUUGUUGAUGAUUGUCUACAAACCAAUUUUAUGUGGAACAGGCUGCCAUCUUGUAUUUGAACAAAGCUUUGGGUGAUUCUAUUUAUCCAUUAAAUUUAUCUUAUUUUGAGCUGUGCAUUUCAAUAUUGGGUUUAGAAUAUGUGCGAACUAUUUAACUGUAUAUUUUCAUAGCCAUGGCUGCGACGAGAAAGUUACAAGGUGAAAUCGAGCGGUGUCUCAAAAAAGUCACGGAAGGGGUGGAAACGUUUGAGGACAUUUGGCAAAAGGUCCACAAUGCUACCAACAGCAAUCAGAAAGAGAAGUAUGAGGCUGAUCUCAAAAAGGAAAUCAAGAAACUACAAAGGCUCAGAGAUCAGAUCAAAAGUUGGAUCGCUUCCGGGGAGAUUAAAGACAAGAGUACGCUACUGGACUACCGAAAACUCAUCGAAACUCAAAUGGAGAGGUUUAAGGUGGUAGAAAGAGAGACAAAAACCAAAGCGUACUCCAAAGAGGGCUUAGGGGCUGCCCAGAAGAUGGACCCGGCACAAAAGGAGAGAGAAGAGAUUUCAACAUGGCUUGUGACAUCUAUAGACGCUUUAAAUUUACAGCAAGACCAGUUUGAAUCGGAGAUUGAAUCGCUGCUGGCAGGGAAGAAGAAGAGGUUAGACAAAGACAAACAAGACAGAAUGGAUGACCUAAAAGUGAAGUUGGACAGGCAUAGGCAUCACAUAAGGAAACUAGAAACAUUACUGAGAAUGUUGGACAACAUGUCAGUGGAAGUCAGUCAAAUAAGACGGAUAAAAGACGAUGUAGAGUACUAUAUAGAGUCAUCGCAAGACCCAGACUUUGAAGAGAAUGAGUAUAUCUACGACGACAUUAUCGGACUGGACGAAAUCGAGCUUUCGGGUGUAGGGCUGCCGUCGUCUGCGACAACAGACAGCAACGGAACUCCGACCAGUCUCACGUCAUCUCCCCCUCCGUCCCCUCCCCUACCGCUGCAUAAUCAUUCCAGUGAUAGCUCCAACGAGGAGAAGAAGAAGAAAGAAACAGAUCAGCUGCCUACCAAGGUAGUGGUCAAACCAACAGCAGUCAGAGCAAGCAAUAGCAGUAUACCUUUGCUCAACUCCAACAGUAAACCAGCGCCACCGCUGACAAACAACAACAACAAUAACAACAGUAAACCCGUCUCUCACUCAACACCCAACAACAGCUCACCCUCAUCGGGCGGUGUUCAUGUGAAUCAUCACCACCCUCCGCCCCCUGCCAGUGGUAACUUUGCCGCAGUUGCCGCUGCACCCACUCAUAACCAGACCAACAACAAAAUCUCCUCCCACACAACAGAAAACGGCACCAUACUACCACUGGAGCGAAGCAGUAGAGAAACGCUGAGAGAACGAGACAGGGAAAGAGAUAGAGAGUCAACUGGCACCAACUCGACGGGUCCUCUACAUCGGGUGGCUGAAGCACCUUCACCUCACACGACACAUAAUAACAUUAGUUCAACGUCCCCUCCCUCAUCUGUGAGCAGUGCACCAUCACCAGCACCCCCCACACCACCUCCCCCCUCACUACCCCCGCCACCUGGCCCUGACCACUCCCUCUCCUCUCUCAAGACCAUUGCCCAACAGGUCAUUGUGAGAGCGGGACUCGAGAUGCCUGCGUCUGAAACCAGCAGAGGACUAUUCGAGAGCAAGACAUUACGGGAGAGAGAGACGUCUGAGGCGCACAUACCCCCGCUACUGGGUGUAGCCCCACUGGGUCCCGUACCUCUACAGAAGGAACAUCAGUGUCAGUUCCAGAUGAUGGAGUCUGCGUUCUACCAUAUGCCCCACCCCUCCGACUCUGAGAAGAUCAGACAGUACUUGCCUCGCACACCCUGCCAGACACCUAGCUACUACCAUCAGGUAACAGAACAACCACUGGCACAUUCGGACACGCUGGAGUUUUUCCAAAGGUUGUCGACGGAAACGCUCUUCUUUAUCUUCUACUACAUGGAGGGCAGCAAGGCACAGUACCUGGCGGCUAAGGCACUCAAGAAACAGAGUUGGAGGUUCCACACAAAGUACAUGAUGUGGUUUCAACGGCAUGAGGAGCCCAAACUGAUCAACGAGGAGUAUGAACAGGGCACGUAUAUCUACUUUGACUAUGAGAAGUGGGGCCAGCGCAAAAAGGAGGGUUUCACAUUCGAAUACAAGUACUUAGAAGAUCGGGACCUCAACUGAUCCACCAUCCUCGUCACAAGUGAUAUUGUAUAGAACUUUUUUAAGAUAAGAAAAAGAAAGAAAAUGUCGCGUGUCAGUUAAAGGGCAGGUCGUCACCAGGUUUUCCCAGUGGCUGUGAUCGACCCACCUUGGCGACCUCAUCCCAGACUUUAUAUAUAUAAGAAUAUUUAUUGCGGUGGAUUCGUCAGUGUGGAUCCGUCAACGUCACGUUGUCGGUUCAAUGCGUCUGCUACCAAACACCCGUCUAGCUCCAAGUGAAAUUCCCGACGAAUUGUACAAUACAAAGUUUAUUUUAAAGAUUAUAUUGUUUGAAAUCAUAUACGAACCAACAGAUUAUAUUUUAUUAUUUCGCUAGAUGAGUGAGCUGGCCGGCUCGUUGAACGGGCUCCGCUCAGCUGUUGUGUACAGUUUUUAACAGACAAGAUCGUGGGCCUUGAUGUUGCAUUUUUUCAGGGAAUUUCUUAAAAAGUGUAUUUUACACAGGAAUUAUUGUUAUUGUUAAGAAAAAGUAACAAAUAUAAAAAAUACAUUGUACAUUCUAUAGAUUAAUGAAUGAAAAGUAAAGUGAAAGAAAAAGUCCCUGGGAUCCAAUAACCGAGACCUGAAAUUUUUGUAUUGAAAGAGAACCAUUUUGUGAUCUAGAUUGUUUUAGAUUUUUUAUAUGUAUUUUUAAGUUUUCAAAUCGUUUACUGAUGUGUAAGAGAGCGGUCCUGAGUCUGGCCGUUGUGUGUGACUCGGCUGGACACAUCAUUCCAGUUAUCAAAGGCAUUUAUUGUGCAAUGUAUCGUGAUCUCAACCUCACCAUAUGGUCCCAGGGUGCCCGGAUUCGGCAUCUAAUCUUAUUGUCUUUCAUCUGUUCGAUCAUUGUUAUGUACAGAGUUUAGACUGUAUACUAAGCAAUGAAAAGAUGGUGAUGACCUGAUUUUUAAAUACAAUCCUUUUUUGUCAGUAUUUGUAUGUUUUAUUUCUUAUCUUAAUUUUUUUAUUUUACACAACCCCCAACUGCCUUGUUUAUUUGUAGAUAUAAGAUUAUGGGCAAAUGCCUGUAAAGAUAAAAUAAAAAUACAGAUCUUCGUUUACAAGAAGCAUAA